AAUGAAUUUAAAGGCAGCGCUCGCCAUUACUAUGGUGUUUGUUGGAUGUUGUUCCAACGUAGUUUUUUUGGAGUUUGUCGUCAAAGAGGACCCCGGAGCCGGUAACCUAGCGACCUUCCUGCAGUUUGUAUUCAUAGCUACGAUUGGGUUCUGUACCGUCGGCAAAUUCGGUAUGGCCAAACGAAAUAUACCGUUUAGGCAGUAUCUACUCCUGGUUGGGUUCUUUUGGACGAGCAGCGUCGCCAACAACUACGCCUUCGACUUUAACAUCGCGAUGCCGCUGCACAUGAUCUUCCGAGCUGGUUCUCUAAUGGCCAACAUGGCCAUGGGCGUUUGGAUCCUCAAGAAGCGGUACCCACCGCUGAAAUACCUGGCCGUGUUUAUGAUUUCUGCCGGCAUAGCCAUUUGCACCAUUCAGUCUAGCGGAGACGUGAAGGCGCCUCGCAAAACCCACGAGGACGCUGCCGAAGAGGAGAAACUGAAGUUCAUCGACUGGCUGUGGUGGUGUUUGGGUAUUGCCAUACUGACCUUCGCCUUAUUCGUCUCGGCUCGGAUGGGAAUCUUUCAAGAGUCGCUUUAUUCGAAGUACGGAAAACACCCGUGGGAGGCAUUAUACUACACGCAUCUUUUGCCAUUGAUGUUCUGGUUGCCGACCGCUUCGAAUCUGAUCGGACACGUCGAAAUCGCGACAGAAACCCCUGCCGUCGAGUUCUUAGGGUUCAUUUUGCCACGACAAGUUCUGUGGCUGUUGCUGUACGUUUCGACUCAGGGUCUGUGUAUUAGCGCGGUCUACGUUUUGACAACCGAAUGUGCGUCGCUGACAGUGACGUUAGCUGUCACUUUGAGAAAGUUCGUGUCGCUUCUGUUCUCUAUAAUGUACUUCAGGAAUCCCUUCACUUUAGGGCACUGGAUAGGGACAUUGCUAGUGUUCGUCGGUACGUUGAUAUUCACGGAGAUAUUGCAGAAAUGCUUGGCCGUGUUUACUACAGACGAUAAGAAGAAAAAAUAAAUUUAGUAUGUAUAGCCCGACUAAAUAUGAGGCCGUCAGCGCAAAGGUGGGUUAAACU